AAUGCAGGUUCAUAUGUGAUGUGUUCAUGGAAAAUGGUUAACCCUGAACAUAGUCAUGCAGGUACUGGUAUGAACAGAGUUGCAGUAAUGGUUAUGUACAAGUGCAGUUUCAGUAUUCAGGCACAAGAUGGCGUUCUUUAAUCUGUUAUGCAUAUGAUGGUAAAGGAAUGCAUUUCAAUUAAACUUGGUUUUCUUUGAAUUUAGAUGAAAAGCCCAUUGGCUCCUUUCAAUUGUUCCCAUCAGUCAGUGUUUUGCAAUGGAAAAUGUCACUGUUGCCCUAAGUUGCAUCAACCUUCAUUAUUGUGUAAGACCUCAGCCGUCACUGGUUUUCUAUUAAAAUGUGAGCAACCUGCAACAGCACAGUACAUUAUUACCAUACUGCUUUCAUAGUGCAUUACAGUGGAUGCACUCAAGGUUCUUCAUGUUCAUGAAUGUUCACUGCAGUAAUAUAGGAAUGGAAACGUAAACUGUCUUACAUUAAGAUCCUUUAAGAGUAUGUUGGUAUUAAAAUGUAUGUUUAUCCAUUUAAACGACAAUACUCUAAAGUGACAGAACUUUGAAGACAUUUCACCUUCUUGUCCUUUGUAACUUUAAUGCAAGUUAAAUUGAGGCAUUUUGACAAGUUUUACCCAUAUGUCUGGAUCCAUCUAUUUCAUAGAUACGACUCCACACCCAAUCCUCAGAUGAUCUCAUAUUCAAUGUUCCUUUGUGAUCGCUAUCAGAGAGCUGUUGAAGUGUUGCUUGAGGCCAUACAUGAAGUAGAUGUAGUGAAAAUUGAGACUUCCACGCACAUUAAUAAGAUCUGGGAGCACCCAGACCUGCCGUCAUGCUGACGUUCCUCACAGCUUGAAGUCUCUUUCAGUUUGGACUGCAGAUAUUUAUAAGGAGCCCAAUUGUUGUUGAUUCUUUAAACACACUGAACUGCAAAUAUAAAGCCGUUUCAAAACCCAGCUAAUCUUGGCCAUGUUGAGAUUUAGCAGUGUAUGGAAGAAAAUACCUCAAACACUGUUUUGAAAGCACAACAAAUCAAUUUAAACAUAUCGACUAGAGUAUAAGUACUGUAUGUUCCCUGCCAGUAGCACCGUCAGUAAACUGUCAGUUGUGCUAAUUCAGCAAUUUCUGCCAGAGGGCUGCUUGAACAUUUGAAACAAGUUAUUCUCCAACAACGGUGUAUGUUUUUGCUGUCAUCAACAAUUUGUUGGGUGAGUGGUUAUAUAGACCAGUCUAAUUAGAUUUACAGCAGAUUAGGAAUAGCUCAGAUAAAUCUUUCUUUGCUAAACUGUGAACUACAUUUAAUGAUGCUAUUUAGCUGCAUACAAUAAACAAGUCAUCCUAAAUGUAAUCACUUGUUGACUUUAAUGUAUUCUGCUCAAUUCAAAUGUAAUGUAAUAUUAAGCCUUAUGUAAUAUUUAUAUAAAUCAUUCAAACACUGUCUAGUGCUGAUCUCCGAAGAAUAAUUUAUAAGAAAGACUUGGGUAAGAAAAUAGGUAAAUGACACAUUUGUUAUGUGUAUUGCUAGCCAGGAAACCAUUUCUCACUAAUCCAAACAGCUUAGAAUAUAGUGUGAAUUUAAUUGAGCUGCAGCUAUAGUGCAUUUAAAUUAUAAUUAUUGUACUUUCACAGUCGUUGUGGCUUGCUAGACGAGAGUACAGACAUAUUUUUUGUUUUGUAAAACUAGUUGGGAUACAGUUUUUUAUUUGAUGGUAACUGAACAAAAUCCAUUGUUCGAUUCAGAAAAGCAAAAUUAAUUGGUCCUUCUUCUUUUUACCAACUGUGUUUACUCCGCUAAGGUGGAUACAUUUCCUGAAGGCACUUCCUCAGUCUUAGUAAGUGUCAGACCGUUCAAUUGUAAUCUGCAGGUGUCAGAGAGGCUCGUAGAGGCACUGUGACAGGAAUCAGAUGCACUGAGCUAUACAAGGGGAUACUGAGAUAACAAUGACAAGUCAGCUUGUGGUCCAUUUGUAUUGCUUUGGGAUUUUUUUGAUUGCUACUUAAGGGAAAUUACCAGUUGAGAGUGUUUGGGGCGGUUGAUGAGUUAUGGAAUUGUCCAUUCACCACCUGAAGAGAUCUUGUUUGAGAUUGUCUUUCAUAACUGUCAAUACAUUAGUGACAUGUUGACGUCAAAACCUGCUUUUAGCCCGAUGACGUCUUCGCCCUCUGCAGAUGUUCACAAUUUGUCAAAAAGGUUAAGUGUUCGACGCUUCCAUUUGUUCUGUCCUGAACCGUUCAUCUCCCCUCCUCUUCCACACUCACAAAAACACCCCUAAACCCACUCACACAUACACCCCCUAUCAUCCACCCACCACACUGUACGUCAGUGGCAGAAAGGGGUAUAAAAGGGUGAGGGACUUUGGAGGUAGAGCAGAAGAAUCAUCAGUGGUGACCACCAGCCGCGCUGCACUUUCUCCACCAGUCUCCUCUGGAUCUCUGAGCUGCUCAGACUCUCCCUCUCUCUCUCUUACCCUCAUUCUCCCAUCUCUGUGAGCCUCCUGCUCUUUUGGCUUUAGAUCUGCUCCGUCAACUGCACUCCUCUCACAGCAUGCAGCUCCUGGUGGUGUUAGCAGCUCUCAUGGGGGUCCUGUACAGUGUUAGAGCAGCCUCCGUGCUUCCUGUGGAGGACAGGAGCUCCAUCCAUCUGAACAGGAUUUUUGGUCAGGAGCUGAGUAAGGAGCGAAAGGAGCUGAUCCUGAAGCUGGUGUCGGGCUUGUUGGACGGAGCUCUGGACACCAACAUGCUGCCGGAGGAGGCCGGACCCCUGGACCUGGAGGAGCCGCUGGAGUCCCGUCUGGAGGAGAGGGCCGUCUACAACAGGCUAUCACUGCCGCAGCGUGACCGUAAAGCCCCCUGUAAAAACUUCUUCUGGAAAACGUUCACCUCCUGCUAACAGUGUCCACAUCGCCUCCUGUACUCCUUCCCUGCCAGCUCCACAUGAACUGUAGUAGACCUCAGCUGUACAUAACAUCUACACCUGUCAGACAUGCAGCAUCGAUGGACUUCACUGACACAGUGACAGUGUCUGUUUGAAUAUUAAUUAUUUAUGUAUCUAUUUAUGUAUACAAUGUAUGUAUGUAUGUACGUAUGUACAGUAUGUAUGUAUGUAGCUGUUUCUUUCAGGGUAAACAAUAAAGCAUGGAUAUAUC